GCGUGCAAGACUCUCCAUUUGCGUAAAUUAGAUCACAAGACUACAUUUUGGAUUAACAGCUGCAAUUUUUUAGCAUGCCGAAGGCAUUGAAAAAGCGGGGUCAGACCCAUAUUGCAUCUGCUGCGUCGAAACCGUACCAGAAAGCUUCACCAGCAUCGACCAACUCGGCUAGCACCAAUCUUAUUUCACCGAACACUUCUCUGGGGCAGCAUUUUCUCAAGAACCCUGCUGUAAUAAGUUCGAUUAUAGACAAGGCUGGAUUAAAGGCAACGGAUGUUGUGCUUGAGAUCGGACCAGGAACAGGAAACAUGACUGUUCCGAUGUUGCAACGGGCCAAGAAGGUUGUCGCCCUGGAGUUCGAUUCUAGAAUGGUUCGCGAGGUUCUGAAAAGAACCGAGGGCACGGAUUUGGCACAUAAACUUCAGGUUAUACAGGGUGACGCUAUGAAGACAGCUUGGCCAUUUUUUGAUUGUAUGAUUGCAAACUUGCCCUAUCAGAUUAGUUCUCAAGUCGUCUUUAAACUUCUUUCUCAUCGGCCCAUGUUUCGUUGUGCCGUUCUCAUGUUUCAAGAGGAGUUCGCUUUGCGUCUCUCUGCUCGCCCCGGGGAGGCACUGUACUGCCGCCUUUCUGUGAAUACGCAGCUACUGGCAAAGGUAGAUCAGCUAUUGAAAGUUGGGAAACAAAAUUUUCGCCCGCCACCGAAGGUAGAGUCCCGUGUUGUGCGUAUUGAGCUAAAAAAUCCUCCUCCUCCUGUGAAUUUUACUGAAUGGGACGGAAUGAUUCGAUUGUUAUUUAAUCGAAAAAACAAAACGCUUCGCUCGGUUCUAAAUACAAAGUCAGUUAUGAAAUUGCUGGAGGAUAAUCGGAGAACAGUUCAGUCACUUCAUCCCGAAAAGAUGGUCGACGGUCGACCCGCUCAAGUUAUCGUGGAAGAGAUUUUGGAAAGAGAUUCAUGGAAAGGACAGCGUGCAGCAAAACUUGAUCUAGACGACUUCUUACAGCUGCUUGCUGAGUUCAACGAGGCUGGAAUUCAUUUUAAUUGA